AUGACUUCUCAUAAUUUUCAAUCCAAACGCCUUCCAGCACAUCAUUCAACACAUCCAGGAUUUCACUCUCGAAAACAACAAAUACUAUCUUCUUUAACAUCUUCAGACCCUUCUUCCAGGAUAGAUAAAUCUCCGAAAGGGUCCAUUGAUGAAGCAAUUUUACCUUUAAUAGAAUUAUUGAAUAGACAUGAUGAUUAUGUUACAACCAGUAGUUGUUCCGGAAGAGUUGCAAUUUAUUGUGCUGGUAAAGGAAUAAAGAGACAUACUAAUAAAUUUUAUGCUUCUAAUAAUCAAGUUCAUGAUGAUAUUGAUGAAAUUGAUACUAACGUUAAGGAUGAAGAAUUGGAAGUAAAUGACGUUGACGACGUGAGACAUUCAACAAAAGGUGGGGGAAGAUGGUUGUUCGUUACUCAUUCACACGUCGACUUACCAAAGGAGUAUAACAAAGAAAAAUUAAACGAAUUCUUGUUGAAAACGAUUUUUGGCAUCGAACAUGUUAAUGUAAUAUCGUUGACCGAUCAUGAUAGUGAUUAUAAUAACUUGUUAAAAGAUGAUGAUAAUAAUCGGAUGAUUUAUUUCAAAUUUGAACCCAUGAUCCUACAUGUAGAAGCAAGAACGUUGGAUGCUGCCAAGAAUUUAGUCACUUCGGCCAUUGAUACUGGUUAUCGUGAAUCAGGUCUUUUGACGACUGCAAAAAGGCACAUGGUUGUUAUUCGAAGUUCCCUGAAAUUAGACGCACCUAUCGCACGUUUAGAUCCCACAGACCAAAAGUUAUACCUUUAUGUGGAUUUGUCUUAUUUGUAUUUACUAGUCACGUUGAGUAACCGGAAAUUUGAUGAAAAUUCAAGAAAGAUAAAGGAAUUAUAUAAGACGAUCGAAGAUCAUCUUUUCGCUGGAAUUGGAAGUGGCGAAGAUGUAAUCAAACGAUGUACUAAAGAGACUGGAAAGACUGAUGGGAAUGAUGGCGAUGUGUCAACUGUAGAUGACGAGAUUCAAGGUUUAGAUAAUGCUUAA